AUGCUCGCACUCGGUUAUCACUCUUUUGUUACAUUCACGCUCUUUCUUUUCUUCUACAGCUCCAUAUCCACCGACACAGUCAAAGUGGAUGAUUGGGAUCCUGGUAUUCAGUGGCAUGGCGCCUGGACCGGUUUGGAGAAUCAGCCGGCGGCUUGGGAGCAGACGCUCCAUUGGGGCAACCUUUCGGGGUCGAGUGUAACCUUCAUCUUCACAGGCACGUCUGUCAAAGUCUUCGGGGCAUUCAAGCCAGUCGGAACAUGGGAUAUGGAAUCGCAAUACACAAUCGAUGACGGCGAGCCCAAUACCUUCCUCCCAACAAGUGAGGUCUCUCAAGAGGCCUACGGCCAGACGUUCUUUGACUCUGGGGUGCUCACACGAGGAGAACAUACACUUGUGGUAACCAAUUUUGGCUCUCAGCUAUGGAUAGACUACUUCCAGGUCUCCAACGACACGGAUACCGAAAUUCCUUCCCCUUCCUUACAUACUUCGACUUCAAGCACGACUUCAACUUCCAGCGCAGCCAGAAUAAAGAUUUCGUCAUUGUCAUCGUCGUCAUCAUCGGCUGGCACGCCACACACGGACGCUACGUCGAUCGCCACGAGUGUUAGCACGGAAGGCACGAUUGACACUUCCAGUACCGUGUCGCCAGCCGUGAGCUCCUUUCAGCUCCUCUCCACUGCAUCUUCUACGGAUCCAUCGCUGUCCGGAUCUCUAAUCUCAACAUCAUCUGGAACGUCUCAGACUGCAACCCUUAUAUCCGUCUCCUCGUGGUCCUCCUCAACCGCGACGUCUUCGAGUGUGUCUUCAGCCACGCCAGAAGCACACGAAGCUCAAUCCCAUUUGUCCGGUAGCUCACGUAAAAGGAUCAUCAGUCUCGCUACAAGUAUCACGGUGUCCGGGGUAACAGUUAUUGGGAUGGUACUCGGGAUCGGAUGCUGGUACCGCCGAAAGCGCGCACGACAUACUUCGACCGCUGCGUCAUAUUACGUUGGUGAGUCGUCGCUUGCGGUUGUGGGUCUACUCCAUUUGCUCAUGAUCACAAUUCUUGGAGUCUCAGACGGAAUGACACAGCUCACGGCUCGUACCGAUGCCGACAAUACGUCAGCGUUUGGCGGCGAGAACGAGUCCUUCCGUUCUCCGUCCUCUGCUACCCUCCUUGGCCCUGGUCUCUCCCGCCCACCCUCGUCCAUAGCAGAUCUUCUAGUCUCAUACUCAGAGUAUGGCCGCAGACCCUCGGUAUCAGCAGAAUGGUCGCACCGCCGCUCGGUGGACGCAGGUGUAACUAUCGCGGGGGGCCUGCAGGGUGGGGAGGCGCCAUCGAUUCAUGAAUGGCAGAGCAUGAAAAGUAGGCUCCCGCCGGAGUAUCAGGCCUAUCAUGCGAUGUGA